UCUCUUCGGUCAAGAAAAUCCCAAACGGCAAACAAAAAAAUCAUAUUUUUUUCUUAUUCUGUAGAAAAUGGUUGAACUUGAUUGGAAAGCAAAGAUGGUUUCUUCCGAUAUUCCAAAGAAAUCUCCAAAGCUCUCUAACAAACUCCAAGUUUCCAUUCCGACGCCGUUUCGUUUCUCCAAUAUGUCUUCUCCGCUCUCGACUUCACCUUCGGCGUCCAAAGCUUAUGAUUAUUAUCUCCGGUUACCGGAGCUGAGGAAGUUAUGGGAGACAGAAGAGUUUCCCGCUUGGAAAAACGAGGUCGUUUUGAAGCCGGCUUUGCACGCUUUGGAGAUUACGUUCCGGUUCAUUUCGAUCGUUUUGUCCGAUCCUAGACCGUAUUUGAACCGUCGGGAGUGGACGCGUCGACUCCAGUCGCUUACCACGAGUCAGAUCGAACUCAUCGCUAUGUUAUGCGAAGACGAAAACGAUGCUCCGAUCCUUGAUCUUACGUCGUCGAACGGUGUAUUAACACGAGAGAGCAGCUCCGCCGAGGUGUGGAAGAUUCACGGAGAAACGACAGUGGUGAACAGGACCAGCGAAGCCAGCUUAUUGCCUCGGCUGGUGACGUGGCAGAAAUCCGAGGACGUAGCGCAGAAAAUUCUCUACUCCAUCGAGUGCGAAAUGAGGCGGUGCCCUUACACGUUAGGCUUGGGAGAGCCGAACCUCUCCGGAAAACCAAACCUCGACUACGACGCCGUUUGCAAGCCGAACGAACUCCACGCGCUCAAGUCCAGCCCUUACGAUCACAUCGAGAACCACGAGAACUCGACGCUUUACACCACCAAUCAGAUCCUCGAAUCAUGGAUCCAGACGGCGAAACAGUUGUUGAAACGCAUCGCUUCGGGGAUCGACGCCGGUAGCUUCGAAGCCGCCGCCGGCGACUGUUACAUAUUGGAAAAGAUCUGGAAGCUUCUGGAAGAAAUCGAAGAUCUCCAUCUCCUAAUGGAUCCCAACGAUUUCCUUCACCUGAAAAGCCAGUUGCAGAUAAAAUCGGUUAACGAAACGGAGGCGUUUUGUUUCAGAUCGAAAGGGUUGGUUGAAAUUACGAAAUUAUCCAAGGAGUUGAAACAUAAGGUCCCGUUCAUUCUGGGUGUCGAGGUGGACCCUAACGGUGGGCCAAGGAUUCAAGAAGCUGCUAUGAGGUUGUACUCGGAGCAAAAGGAGGGCAAUAAGGUAUCUCUGGUACAAGCAUUGCAAGCCAUCGAAGCGGCCUUGAAACGGUUCUUUUUUGGGUACAAGCAAGUGUUGAUGAUCGUUAUGGGGAGUUUGGAAGGGAAAGGGAACAGAGUCGUGGCGUGUUCCGACUCGGGUGACUCGUUGAGUCAGAUAUUUUUGGAGCCUACUUAUUUCCCCAGUUUGGAUGCUGCUAAGACGUUUUUGGGCGAGUUUUGGAGUCGUGAACAGGGUGAGUCUCGGUUCAAGAAGUGAUGAUGACUCGGACCCGUCGUUUGGUUAAUCAUAAAAAGAAAAAAGAAAAGGUUUAAUUAUUCUUUUAAGUAUUGCAUUGAUGUUGGGUCAAUUACUGCUUUUAUACUGUAAAAUUUUUUGAACACAUAUUUUUGUAAAAUUGGAAUUAUGAUUUAUUAUAAAAUUGUUACCAAUUUCUUCAAAAA